CAGACGUCGCGCACCUUCCGUGCUCUUGCCGGCGUGCGCCUCGGUGCCUUCCAGAAGGAGCGGCGGCGGCAUGAGAGUCGUGAGGAUGCGCCCAGGGCCAAGGAGCAGGCCUCGCCGGCGUACACGCCCUUUUCCCGGAGCGAGCUGCGCCGCCGCGUCUGUGCCCUCGCUGCGCACACGCCACCAGACGAGACGGUCGCAUCGGCACGGGCUGGGUGGGACUGGCACGGCGACGCAGUGCGCUGCCAGGCGUGCCAGGCGUCGUGGACGCGGCAGAGCGACGAGCGCGAGCACAAGGAGUGGUGCCCGUGGCGCGUGAGGGGCUGCGACGGUGAGUCGAGAGCGCCAGUAUGGCCCUUCUGCAGCUGAGACAGCUGCAGCCGACAUGUACGCCCUGCCGUCGCCAUCACGAACGGAACUGCUCGCCGAGCUCACUGCGCAGGCUACGGCGCUCUCCCAAAUACCCAACAUCGAGCAGCUCUCCGUCGUGCACCCGCCGCUGGAGCCACUGGCGCUGCCGUUCUCCGCAUCUCUCACAGCGCUGGCCCUCUUCGGCUGGCACCUCGGCGGCAAGACUGCGCCGACCGCACUCGACAGCACCCUGCUCAGCUGCGACUGCUGCGGCCGGCGCCUGGGCCUCUGGAGCUUCACGGCGUCGCCCGGGCGCUCGCUCGAUGUGCGUGCCGAGCAUCGCGCCUUCUGCGCAUACCUGGCGACAGACGUGGAGGGGCGUCCGGCGUGGCAGGCGCGCCUGCAGACAGCGUCGGGCAAGCGCCAGGCCGGAGAGGAGAACGCACAGGUGCGCAAGCUGCGGCGGAGCGAGGUGCUGGGCAAGGUGCGCGGCAUGCUCGGCGAGUAAUGCAGCCAGUGAGAGAAGUGUCAUUA